AUGGCUAAGAAGAGGGUCUUCCGUCGGAGAAAACAUAGGAGACGAGGUCCCUUUAUGAACCCUCGCAUACAGCAAAACAAAACAAGACUUUUAAAGACCAUCACCGCUUUCUUACUGCUGCCCCUUCUGACUUUUGGAAUUGUGAGCUGCACAAUUUCCAUAAACAGCAAAAAAGAAGCAGAAACAGCAGACACUCAGCCAAUUUUUGAAUCUCAAGGAGCCAUGAUCCAAAGCGGGGUUUCCUCAUGGACAGAGAACUCUGUGCGCAAAUGUAUGCAGUGGGUGGACCCCUCCAGGGCCAGUAGGAGAGUAAUCCAAGAAUAUUUGCCUGUGCCUGCAGGGAACUGCUGGCCCCUGGCAGGUCAGAGUGUAAUCAUCUCACUGUUCCACCCAGUCUCCAUCACUGCCCUGACACUGGGACAUCUCCGAAAACACCAGUCGCCCGAUGGAACCAAAAAAAGCGCCCCAAGAGUGUUUUCUGCCUAUGGAAUGUUGACCAUAGGGGCAGAAGGGACCUUUUUGGGAACUUUCCUAUAUGACAGCCAAGGAAGAGAAUUUCAGACCUUCAACCUACCAUAUACAAACAACAGCAUCUUCAGAUAUGUGAAGCUUAGGAUUGAGUGGAACUCUGGAGAUCAAGACUUCCCCUGCCUGUAUAAUUUUAGGGUCCAUGGCAAACUCUUUACCUAAUAAAUGAUUUG